AUGAAAUUUAAUACCAAAUGGGACUUCAAAGAGGCUGUGAGGGAGUACACCAUCCAAGAGGAAAGGCGUAUCAAGUUUAAGAAAAAUGAUAGAAAAAGAGUAAGGACAAUAUGUAAAGUCAAAGAAUGUAAAUGGGUGAUUUAUGCCUCAAGGGACUAUGAGGACAGCUGCUGGCAAGUGAAGACUUUCAUGGAUGAUCAUACUUGUCCUAGAGAGGAUAAGAAUAGGGAUGCAAACCGAAACUGGGUUGCAAGUAAGCUGGUAAAGAAAGUGAGGAAGUAUCCUAACUUUAGACAUUAUGAUGUUACAACAUUCUUCAAGACAAAGUAUGAUCUAUCCCUCAAUAGGAAUUCAAUUUCAAGAGCACUGAGUGAUACUAGAAAUGUGGUUUAUGGGGAUGAGAAGGCACAAUAUGCUAUGUUGAGAGACUACGGCCUUACUUUACUCAAGACCAAUUCAGGAUCAACUGUUCAAAUUUGCACAACUCCACAGCCACAUGGGGACCAAUCUUGGAGAAGAUACCGUAUUUGGAGGCCAAAUAUUGUCAGCUUCGGGCAAGAUGCUAAUCACCACAUCUACGUGAUUGCAUGGACAAUUGUGAACGUCGAGAAUAAAGAUAAUUGGAAGUGGUUCUUGGAAUUGUUGCAUCAAGACCUUAGAGACUACAAGACACACGGGUGGUGUUUUAUUUUUGAUAUGCAAAAGUCAGGGUCUAUUAUGGUGCAUGGGGUGAAAGUUAAGGACUGUUAUGGUGAAUCAUUAUGUGUUCUCACUCACCAUGGCUAUGCUGUCUCAAUUUCUGUUGCAGGGUUUGAUUCCAGCCAUAAGGGAGGUGAUGUUUAA